AUGAUAUCACGCUGGGGUGGAGAGGCAGGAUGAAUUAGCCGCUGGGAUGAAUUUGAGCGGAGGGAAGAAGGUGUUUAGAGAGAAAACGAGAGGAAAAGGAAAGAUAACUAAUAGUUCUCAGGAUGUGUGGAGGCAUGACUACAUUUCCCAUGAGGCCCCGGGAAGGGGGCGCAGGGAAGAAAGACUACAAGUCCCGCCAUGCUCUCCUCGGGCGAGCGGCGGAGCUUGAACCGGAAGACGUGUUCUGGGUUUGAGGAGUCCAGUGGCUGCUGUGGAACAACCAAAAGUCCAAUAUGAAGCUGUAUUGCCUGUCCGGGCACCCAACCUUACCAUGCAAUGUGCUUAAAUUCAAAUCAACUACCAUUAUGCUGGACUGUGGACUGGACAUGACUUCCACUCUCAAUUUCCUUCCUUUGCCACUUGUUCAAAGUCCCAGGCUGUCUAAUCUUCCCGGCUGGUCCCUAAAGGAUGGAAACGUUUUCUUGGACAAGGAGCUGAAAGAGUGCUCGGGCCAUGUAUUUGUGGAUUCUGUGCCUGAAUUCUGCUUACCAGAGACGGAGCUAAUAGAUCUGUCUACGGUAGAUGUGAUCCUCAUCUCUAACUACCACUGCAUGAUGGCGCUGCCCUACAUCACCGAGCACACCGGCUUCACAGGCACGGUGUACGCUACCGAGCCCACCGUCCAGAUCGGCAGGCUUCUCAUGGAAGAGCUGGUGAAUUUCAUUGAAAGAGUGCCCAAGGCUCAGUCUGCCUCCGUGUGGAAGAACAAGGACGUUCAGCGGCUGCUGCCCUCUCCGCUCAAGGACGCCGUGGAAGUAUCCACCUGGAGAAGAUGCUACUCACUGCAGGAGGUGAACUCCGCCCUGAGUAAAAUCCAGCUGGUGGGAUAUUCCCAGAAAAUUGAGCUGUUUGGUGCGGUCCAGGUGACCCCGCUCAGCUCCGGCUAUGCCCUCGGGAGCUCCAACUGGAUUAUUCAGUCCCAUUAUGAGAAGGUGUCUUACGUCUCGGGAUCCUCCUUGCUUACCACACACCCACAGCCCAUGGACCAGGCAUCUCUCAAAAACAGCGACGUUCUCGUCCUGACCGGCCUCACCCAGAUUCCCACCGCCAACCCGGACGGCAUGGUGGGCGAGUUCUUCAGCAGCCUGGCGCUGACCGUCCGGAAUGGAGGAAACGUGCUGGUCCCCUGCUACCCGUCGGGGGUGAUCUACGACCUGCUGGAGUGCCUGUACCAGUACAUCGACUCGGCCGGCCUCUCCAGCAUCCCCUUCUACUUCAUCUCCCCCGUGGCCAACAGCUCCCUCGAGUUCUCCCAGAUCUUCGCCGAGUGGCUUUGUCACAACAAGCAGGCCAAGGUGUACCUCCCAGAACCACCUUUUCCUCACGCAGAGCUCAUUCAGACCAACAAGCUGAAGCACUACCCCAGCAUCCACGGCGACUUCAGCAACGACUUCAGGCAGCCGUGCGUGGUGUUCACCGGGCACCCCUCCCUGCGCUUCGGGGACGUGGUCCAUUUCAUGGAGCUCUGGGGCAAGUCCAGUCUCAACACGGUCAUCUUCACAGAACCCGACUUCUCGUACCUGGAGGCACUGGCUCCCUACCAGCCCUUGGCCAUGAAAUGCAUUUACUGCCCCAUUGAUACCCGGCUGAAUUUCAUCCAAGUGUCCAAGCUGCUCAAAGAAGUGCAGCCCCUGCACGUGGUCUGCCCGGAGCAGUACACGCAGCCGCCCCCCGCGCAGGCCCACCGGAUGGACCUGAUGAUCGACUGCCAGCCGCCGCCCAUGUCCUACCGGCGGGCCGAGGUCCUCGCCCUGCCCUUCAAGCGGCGCUACGAGAAGAUCGAGAUCAUGCCGGAGCUCGCGGAUUCGCUGGUGCCCAUGGAGAUUAAGCCUGGCAUCUCCUUGGCAACCGUUUCGGCCGUGCUGCACACUAAAGACAACAAGCAUGUUCUUCAGCCCCCGCCCAGGCCGGCCCCGCCCGCAGGUGGGAAGAAGAGGAAGCGGGUGAACGAUGACAUCCCGGACUGCAAGGUUCUGAAGCCCUUGCUGAGCGGCUCCAUCCCCGUGGAGCAGUUUGUGCAGACGCUGGAGAAGCAUGGCUUCAGUGACAUCAAAGUGGAAGACACAAGCAAGGGCCACAUCGUCCUGCUCCAGGAAGCGGAGACCCUCAUCCAGAUAGAGGAAGACUCAACCCACAUCAUUUGUGACAAUGACGAGAUGCUCAGGGUACGACUGCGGGACCUUGUCCUCAAAUUCCUCCAGAAGUUCUGAAUGGAGCACGUGAGCCACGUCUGCUUCCCUGAGAUUCCUCCACCUUUCGCACUCCGCCUGCCCAGCACAGGCCGUGUGAGGAGGGCACCCAGGUCAGCCGGGCCUUUGUGGUGGUUUCUGCGGGCCACGUCCGGAGAGGGGGUGCACCUGCUGGCUUGGACUUGCAGCGCUGUCUCAGGCAAGAGCUUUCGUUUAAGUUUUAGACUCGUUUUCUUCCGGAGCCUGGCUCUCUCGGAGAGCCGGGAUGGCAAGACAGUGAGCUGAGCGGCACAAGAGUGACAGAGCAGUUUCCCAGGUCAGUGGUGGGGAGGGGAGGGGAGGUCUCGAGUGGCCAGUGUUUGUUCUUCAUCGUGACACAGGCCUCGGGUGGGGAACCAGGGACUUUGUGUUACUUGCUUAUCUACUGUGUUGCAUCUGAUAAGACAGAUGACCCAAAAAAGUAAAAUUAAUCCACUUAUCUGUAUUUUAUAUAGUGAGCCCAUUUUGUUAAUAAAGCUUAUUUUUAUAGGA